UGAAGUUUGGAAUCCAUGAUGCUACCUACCAAACGGCCAAAUUACUUGACGAAACAGGCACAGAAUUGGAUGAAGAUGUGUUUGAGGAGGUGCUGCAGCAGGCCAAUAUUGGUGUUCUUCUCCUGAAGCUGGAUGAUGACAUGCAAGAAAUGGAGACAGAGUCAUCAUUUAAUACUAGCUCCAGCUCUGCUGUCAUUGUCACCUCUAGUCCACGUCCACCCAGCCCAAGGCAGCAUGUUGAAUCGGACUCCAAAGCUGACAUCUCCACCAAGGCACGUCCGAGAGAUGUAUGCGGAGGGAAUAAUUACUCUGUUUCCUGGUUUGAGAGAUCCAUUCUCCAAAAAAGGAUAUGAACAUUACUUUGACCCUCAAAGUGGAGAGGGGUACCUGGCCUGGAAAAUCAAGACUAUCCAGAGGAAUUGCUCACAGAAACGAAGCCAAUCAAGCAAGUCACAUUGCGGAGGGCCAACAGCUGAAAGAAGAGCGCCAGAUGUUCUUGAUGACCUCAGUGAGGACGAGUGUAAAGAAGCCAUGUCCUACAUGAAGCACUGCUCAGAUGAGACUGCAAUCAAGCAGAAGAUGCAAGUCACAUUUCAGUACAGGCGCCGCUUGGUUGAAGACCCAGACAAAUGUACAAACGUGCUAACAGAGUUCCCACGCUUCAAGGAUGUUAAAGGACUGAUUGAACAGGACUUUACACGUCUGUUUGGUGGUGUGGUGUCUGCAAAGUUUUUGGAGAGAUGGCCAACUGCGUUCAAGCACAAAGUUAUCGAGCAGAGCAAGUGCUUGCACCUAUCACCUGAUCUACAGGAACUGAUUGACGCUGCAGAGGCUGUGGAGAAUGAGGACGAUGGAAAUGAUGCAGCAUGGGAUCAUGAUCUUGCGGGAAUACUCCUCCUACUCCACCUCAUUCCGCCAGUUGCGCAAGGUCGCAAGAGGCCCGGGAAGAUGUCUCCCUUUCAAGCAGAGCAGAGUGUUGUCGUCUUCUUGAAGACAGGUAACAGCAUACAGGAGCAUCUGGAUCAAAUCGCCGAAAGCAAGCAGCCAUACCUACUGGCAGUGGGCCCUAGAAAGAAGCACAUCCAUGCGUUCUUCAUCGUCCUCGACAAGUGUGCCAUUCCCUGCACAUCAGGAAGCGCAGUUGGAGCCUUUGAUGAACUUUUUAAGAGCCAUUUUGUUUUUGGCACAUCAUACUGCAAAGCCCUCAACAGUAUGUACACCUUCAUUCAGACAACGAUAUUUGAAAUCGACAUUGGCCAGGUGAAAGAAACACCCAGAGUACUAGAACUUAGAGCAAGGUUACUAAACUAAGGAUUUACAGUGUAC